AAGGGGAAACUUUUCCUACCCUGUUUUCUUUAAUUUUCUGAUUGUGCUUUUGUUUGCUUUUUAACUAGUCUUUUUUUAUCUCUGUUAAAACAUCAACCAGCUAAGCAAAAAUAAUAAAAAACAGGUAUGAGGUGGGUCCCACCUCUGUUCUUGUUGUUGAAAUUCUGAUAAAGGUUAGUUGGUAUUGAAUAGUUGGUUUUAGGAGUUUGUUUUGAAGGUAGAAAAAACCUUCAAGAAUGUGGAGGAACCAUGGAGCUACUGCUGAUUCAUUCUAUCAAGUUCGUCCUGAAUAUGCUGAUGAUGUUCCAGAAACCAAGUUUAGAAUCAAGGUUGGGAAAACCCUAAGUGCAAGAAGAUGGCAUGCUGCAUUUACUGAAGAAGGUUAUCUUGACAUAGGCAAAAUACUUAGUCGAAUUUGUCGUGGGGGUAUUCAUCCAUCAAUUAGAGGUGAAGUUUGGGAGUUCUUACUGGGUUGUUAUGAUUCAAAGAGCACAUUUGAGGAACGAGAGCAGUUACGACAACGUCGGAGGGUACAGUAUGCUAGAUUGAAAGAAGAAUGUCGUGUGAUGUUUCCCUUGAUUGGAAGUGGUCGGUUUAUUUCUGCACCUGUAAUCACCGAAGAUGGUGACCCUAUUCGAGAUCCUAUAGUUCUUCAAGAGUUGAAUGCGGCAAGAGAACCAACUUCAGCUGGUCAAAAUGGUCUUUCUGGUGAUUUUGAAUUGGUGAAGGAGCACGACAAAAAAAUAAUCCAGUGGAAACUCUCGUUACACCAAAUAGGAUUGGAUGUGAUUCGUACCGACAGGACACUUGUCUUUUAUGAGAAACAAGAGAAUCUAUCGAAGCUUUGGGAUAUUCUGGCUGUUUAUUCUUGGUUUGACAAAGAAGUUAGUUAUUGUCAAGGAAUGAGUGAUCUUUGCUCUCCCAUGAUUAUGCUACUUGAUGAUGAAGCAGAUGCGUUUUGGUGCUUCGAACGUAUGAUGAAGAGACUGAGAAGAAAUUUCAGAUCUACUGGAAAUUCUGUUGGAGUGGAGGCUCAGCUGAGUAAUCUAGCAUCAAUAACUCAAGUUAUUGAUCCCAAACUUCACCAGCACUUAGAAACAUUAGGUGGAGGUAAUUACGUGUUUGCUUUUCGAAUGCUCAUGGUUUUGUUCCGUCGAGAAUUUUCUUUUGCUGAUUCAUUAUAUCUUUGGGAGAUGAUGUGGGCUCUGGAAUAUGAUCCGGAAUUUUUUCUUAUGUCUGAAGACCCUAACUUAAUUGCUGAAAAAUCUGGACAAGCAAAAGUAAAAUCAAUACGCCAGUACGGGAAAUAUGAAAGAGAGAUUUUGAGAAGUGGAGGUAAAGAUGCAGAAGCUCCCCUCCCAAUUUCUGUUUUCCUAGUAGCCAGCGUCCUGAAGGACAAGAGUGCGAAGUUAACAGAAGCUAGAGGAUUGGACGAGGUUGUUAAGAUACUGAAUAACAUUACUGGAAACCUGGAUGCCAAAAAGGCUUGCAGUAGCGCAAUGAAACUUCAAAAGAAGUAUCUUAAGAAGGCAGCCAACAACAAUAGGUAGUCGAGCAGAGCGACUACUAUGGAGCUCAUGUAAUAUUCUCAAUGAAAACAACGGUAUCAACUUUUUUUCUUCCGGUAGCAACUCAUUGCCGGCCAAGAAGGUAUGACAAGAAUCUAUAUUCUGAUUUUUGGCCCUGUCGAGGAACAUUAGCUGCUUUUGCUACUGUUGUUGUGAUGUUGUAAGACAUGUAAAAUACCAUUCUAAUCUGGUCCCAUAUUAGGGUUCUCGUUAUAUACGUGUACUGAUUCAAAGUAUAAUGUGCUCUCAAGGGUCUUCGGAGUACAAGGACACUCUUCCAAAGGUUUGUAUUAUUAAAGUUGUAAAAUACCAAAUGUUAUUUUCCAUCGAGGGAAAUUGGAGGAAAAAGUUUAUCCAGACGAUAAUCUCAUUCAUGUUUCGGGA